UCACUCUUUCGGAAAUCCAAAUAGUCAAAACUCACCUCAUAAUGGCGUAAGCCGAGGCCAAGAGGAUCGUCCAAGCUUGAGCUAACCUACACCACAGCUUCCAGUCAUCGAUUUGCUCAUUGUGACAAUCAAUCGCUUUAUAACAAACUUGUUUUGCGAAGAGUCCUCAUUUCGAAACGAUAGAUUUUACUGUUUGCGCUUCUACCAGAUUUCUUGAUUCAUUCCUUGCAGUUCGUGUUGUUCCAAAACUCACCAAUGCCCUCACAUCUAGCAUAGCUAUCUACACAAAUCCAGGCCCAUCACUCACCAAAUCAUGGCGCCCACAACCCAUACUCCUCUCCUUCGAUCCUCCUCACCGUCAUCCUCCCUACGAUCCCCAUCCGAAUCUUCCUCUGUCUUUCGCUACCAAAAGGCUCGAAAACAAAAUAUGAUCCGCUACACAUCCUACGCAUCCGCCAUCCUCUCAUGUCUCUGCGCCGGUUCCAUCACCGCUUAUUCGCUGUAUGGACAUUUAUUCCAAUCGCGUUUGCAUUAUACGCAAUUGCAAGUUAAUAUUGUUAUUAUUGCUGCGGAAUUGGCUAUGUAUCUACCAGUGCCCGUGUUUGGGUAUCUUUGCGAUCGAGUUGGUCCUGCGCCUUUGUCUCUAGGCGCGGGUAUUAUGUUUGGUGCUGGGUAUGGAUUGGCUGCACUUACAUAUAAGAGUGGAGGGAAGGAUAUAGAGGGUUAUGUGACGGAGAGGGGGUGGCCUAUCAUUUGGAUGGUGGUUGCGUUUAUGAUUAUUGGCAUGGCGACGACGUGUAUGUAUAUUAGUGCGGUGACGGCUUGCGCUAAGAAUUUUGGGAAAUCGAAAUAUAGGGGUUUGGCACUCGCUUGUCCCAUUGCGGCAUUUGGGUUGAGUGGGAUGUGGCAGAGUCAGGUAGGGGAGAAGAUAUUAUAUGAAAGGGGAAGAGGCGGUCAGAGAGGAGAUGUGGAUGUGGAAAGGUUCUUUUGGUUUUUGGCUAUUACGCUUUUUGUGGUGGGGUUUAUUGGGUGUGGGUUGUUGAAGAUUGUGGAUGAGGAGGAAUUGAUCGAGGAAGCUGUUGAGGAGUUGGAGAGGAGUGGGUUACUUGGGGAGGGCGAGGGAUAUACCGGGAGAGGAUAUGGCACUUUAGAUGGAGAAGAACGGAGUGAUGUGGAUGAAGAAGAUGAAGAAGCUAGGAAGAAAACUUGGUUAUUGAACGAGGAAACAAGGAGAUUCUUGAAAGAUCAUACAAUGUGGUGGUUAGCCAUUGGAUUUUUUUUCGUCUCGGGGCCUGGCGAAUCUUUCAUCACGAAUCUAGGCACGAUUAUUGGCACUCUUCAUCCACCUACUAUUCACAAUCCCACUUCAGCAGCAACACAUGUUUCGGUUGUAGCACUUACAUCGACCAUCGCUCGUAUCCUCUUCGGCACUCUCACUGAUGUCUUGGCCCCGGUUCCAACAACCCAUCAUUUUGGAUCUCUUUCUAACUCCCUCGCUUCUCUUCCACCACAAUCUACAACCCGUUUCACAAUAUCCCGUGUAUCUUUCCUUAUCCUCUCCGCCAUCUUCAUCCUAUUAGGUGAUGUCAUCCUCGCCUCAGGGUUUUGUCAAAAUCACGCGGACCGCUUUUGGAUCAUCUCCACUCUGAUCGGUUCCGGUUAUGGCGCCUUAUUUUCCCUGACUCCACUAAUCGUAACGGUAAUCUGGGGUGUAGAGAACUUUGGUACGAAUUGGGGAAUUGUAGCAAUGGUUCCAGCGCUAGGUGCUACUAUAUGGGGCGUGGUUUAUAGUCAGGUGUACCAGAGAGUUGCUGAGGGCCUAUGGAAGGAAUUUAUUGGUGAUGGAGUACUUUGUUGGGGACAAAGUUGUUACGAAGGAACGUUUUGGGGAAUGGCGGGUAGUGUGGGUGUUGGAAUUGCAUUUUGGGUUUGGGCUUGGAAGGGUAGGGAUGGUUGGAGUGAGAGGGGCGUUGUGGUGUAGAGUGUUUAUAAGAUGGUUUUGCGGUGUAGUGUGUAGGUAUGUGAAGGAGGAAUGUAGAUGAGAGUCUUUGUAUAAGCGUUUAGAGUUAUGCUCGUGGCAUUAAGAGCUUGGUAUUCGCAUUGGUAUUGGUAUUAACAUUGGCAUAUUGAGAAAGGAAAUGAGAAAUUGUACAUGGUGCGCAUGCAUUUUGUUGGCGUAUGGGUUUGGUUGGUUCUUGGGAUUAGUAUUAGUUUCAACGGAUAUCAUGUGGUUUGGUUGGGUUUGAUUAGUUUGGGUCAUCAGUUAGUUUGUAUGUAUUUUGAUCAUGGCUUUCUUGGAUUGGUAUUGAUUCGAUUGGAUGGUUUCUGGAGCUUGUUCUUAGGGGAUGUUUGUUGUGUUUUAUAAUUCAAGUAUAGCAUGAAGUUGAUGGAUAAUAGAUAAUAACGAUAUUUCAUUUUCAGAGUGAUA